AUGCCAGCUCCAACCGGAGAAGAAAGAAAGAAAUGUCACGCGGCGCGAGAUAGCUAUUUCGCUUGCCUGAAGUCAAAUGGAAACGAAGAAUCCGCGUGUGCAAAGGAGAAAGAUCAGUACACCGCGGUUUGUCCUGCAGCAUGGGUAAGUGCAUUUUAAACCGUCACUUUCCGCUGCGGUUUGUGCAAUUAUUAUUAUUUUCCUUAAGACUACAGUACAGUUCCCCAUUCAAUCUAAAAAUAGGCAUUAAUAGGGAUCUCAAAUCUGAAAAAUUUAGAUCAGAACCUCACGAAUGUGUCGGACUGAUCGGUAAGCAUGAACAAAAAUGUUCAAUCAGUGGACAACAGUCCCUCUAUUCUGACUCGGUCCUUAUGGCACAUGAAAGAGGAUUUUAAGUCUCUUAUCGAGGAACUUUAGACACGGUAAACUAUGUUUGUGUGGAAAAAAUUCCCAAACCAACCGAGGCGCAGAUUGUCUCUAGUUACGUAAUAAUUGUAACAUUACAAAUUCGCAAGCUGGCUAGGAUUCUUUUUUAAUUAUAUUUUCUUCAUAUCAUCUCUGCUCCUGCAAAUUUAUUCCUUGUCUCUCCGCUUUUCAGUUUUAUUACGUUUUUAUUUUCUAGGUGUCUUACUUUGCCAGGAAACGUGUUUACGACGAAUAUAAAAAGAAAUUGAAUGAGGAGGGUUUCCUUCCAACGGAAGAACAGCCAUCGAAGAGCAAGCAAUAA